AUGGUUUUCAAGCACUACACAUUUUUCUCACUGGUCUUUUUAGCAACAGCCAGCAUCCUCCUCGCCGGCCACGCUCAUGGCCGUGUUCUCACCGAUGACCUAUGCAAAAAUGCUCAGAAUAAGCCCCUGGGCAGAAAAAUCGUGAAUAAUAGAACUGACCCUCAUGAUGCCUUGGUUUCAUCCAUUCACAAAUUGAUUUACGAGAGCAAAACGGCAACGAAAUUGGCUCAUCAGCAAGGCAAGUCCCGCGAAAUGGAUGUCUGCAUAGCGAAAUUUGAGGACUCCAUUGACAUCCUCAAGAAAAGCUUGAAAAGCCUCGAGGACCGUGACCUGCCUGGCCUGAAUGUCAACCUCUUGGCUGCCAUGAAUGGCUACGUUGCAUGCGAUGACGCGUUCUCUGAAUCUAAGGUGAUCAAUCCCAUUGACAAAAUUGAUGCGUUCUUGUGUGAAAUGGCUGUCAACUCUAUAUAUUUAUCAGGUUACAUUCAUUGA